UCUAUUGGUCGGUUUAAACAAAUGUCUCAAGGUCAUGGAGGAUAGAUAACCUUCUCAACUCAUUGACAAAACUGUAUACAUUCUAUGCAUAAAAAUGAUCUCAUUAGAUAAAUUUUUGGUGGAUUUUAAUGCAAAUCAGAAUUUCUAGUGUCUUCAAUAUAUGCAUAGGAAUAAUAUAUCAACAUUAGUACAUGAAUUCUUAGACUUCAUGGCAUCAGGAUGAAAUUACACUAUCGGUGGAUGAUAAUACUGACUAACCUGUUGAUUGUAAAUGGAAUAUUAUCUAUCGUUUCGCAUGGGAUAAAUCAAACACUUUUAUGCUCUGAAUGUUCACUGCAUUUUAACAAGUCAUCCAAUCAUUUCAAUAUAGGAAAGAAACAGAAAAUCUGUCCAGAUGUAUGCGACUGUAAUACUUCUUGGUCAGAUAUCAAUGAAAAGUCGAUAUGCCCAGAAAGCAUUCCAAUUAUUCGUGAUAGCUGUAACUGUUGUUGGUAUUGUGCACGUCAAUCAGGUGAAAUGUGUUCAUCACGAAUUAAAUGUGAUAUUGACAAAGAUUUAUUCUGUUAUUAUCAUCGUCAUCAUUAUAAUCAUUACCAUCAUUUCGGUAACUUUGAAGAAAUGCAGAACAGUCAUUCAGAGAAGUCGAAGCUUAUUACUGAAGGACAGCUUACACUAAUACCAGAAAGUACUAAUGCGACUGGAAUAUGUUGGAAAAAUAAUGGUAGACCGUGUUUUAUCAAUGGAACAUGGAUACCACAUAGUGGAGUUCAUGGCGAUGGAUGUCCACACCAAUGUACAUGUAUCGAUGGUAUAACACUUUGUCAUAAUUUAUGCUCACAUAUUGAAGCGAAAAGACCACCAGAUGAAUUAUGUAAUCACAUCUACAAUGAUGGGACAACAAUGAGACUGCAAUUAAUGCCACCGAGACAAGGAGAAUGUUGUAAGCGGUGGAUGUGUUUACGUGUUCCUUUUAGCCAUCCACCUGGUAAAGGAGUAUAUGUCAACUGGAAAAAAGAAUCAAAUUAUACAGAAGUUAAGGAAAUUCAUGGAAGUCAUAAUCAAGAUAAGAAUUACUGUAACCUGGUGAAACAGGAAACCUCACCAUGGUCAGUUUGUAGUCGACAAUGUGGUCUUGGAAUAUCAUGGCGUUGGACAACAGAUAAUCAAUACUGUCAGAAUACUACAGACAUUCGUCUUUGUUUCUGGCGUCCAUGUGAGAUGAACUCCUCAAAGAAGAAUAAUUCAGGAAACCGCCAGUUUUCGCCAACUCUUCGUUUUUCUCGUUCUGGUCAUCUACGUUUCUUGAUGCUGAACGAUUCCAGUAGAACUUCAUUGUCUAAUGCUCCUAUCUGCAGUCAACUUUCAAUUCCAUCCUGCUUACAACAACAGUUGAAGAAUUAUUCCACAGAUAAUGUCACAUCAACUAUAUGUCAACUGAUAAAACCACUGAAAGCAAACUUUUGUAAUAAAUCACCACCUGGUCAUUGUUGCCUACCGAAUCGUUCAAAAACUAAACGUUUAAGUUUUCUAUGUACUACGGAGAAGAAUGAGUCGGAUAAGCAGCAUAGCCAACACGAGUAUAAACAGCAACAACAACAAUACCAGGAGGGAAGGCUGUCACAAGUUCAGUUUUAUUUAUUUGAAUGGAUUCAGUCGUGUAUUUGUGUCCCAGUAACUUGUGAAGUUCUCUUUAACAAACAGUAGAGUAACAAAACGGACAGUAUUUAAACACCUAGGCAUCAAAUGACUCGAAUUUUAUAAAUAAAUAGACUACAAACCUUAUGCACAGCAUCAUUAGAUCAAAUUAUACCUAUACAUUUAUAUUCAGUAAAUGUUGUCAUUCACUUUCGUUAUAUUUCUCAUUUUCACAGACAAAUAAAUUAUGUUGCA